AUGCCCUCGCAACCUUGGCUCCAAGGGGCGAGGACUGGACGCCUUCUACUGCGCUCUACCCUGUUCGCCGCCCGCUCCGCGUCCCUUCCGCCCAGACCCCGCUGGGAGCCGGGAAAAGACCGACCCCCCGCGGCCGCAGAUCGAUACCCAGCGGCUGGUCCAUUCAUUAACCCUUCGCGUUCCUGCCGGAGUUCAGAACCGGGGAACGACACAAGCCCCGAGAGCUUCCUUUUGCACAACGCGCUGGCCCGAAAGCCGAAGCGGAUCCGAACCGCCUUUUCCCCGUCCCAGCUCCUGAGGCUGGAACACGCCUUCGAGAAAAACCACUACGUGGUGGGCGCCGAGAGGAAGCAGCUGGCACACAGCCUCAGCCUCACGGAAACUCAGGUAAAAGUAUGGUUUCAGAACCGGAGGACGAAGUUCAAAAGACAGAAGCUGGAGGAAGAAGGUUCAGAUUCGCAACAAAAGAAAAAAGGGACGCAUCACAUUAACCGGUGGAGAAUCGCCACCAAGCAGGCCAGCCCGGAGGAAAUAGACGUGACCUCGGACGAUUAAAAACACAACCCGAACCCCACGGAAACGGACAGAGCGGAGCAAAACAGAGGACAGGGAGAGGCGGGGAAGAAGUAAACACCCUACGAAACAAAAACAAACCACAUUCGCCGAGAAGGGGAGAGGGAGUCGGAGGGACAGCGGAGAGCGCGUCGCAGACUUUGGGCCGCGAGGGCGCAGGGCCCUGAUCGGAGGCCGCGCCAUGAUGGCAGAGGAUGGAGGCUCCUUGAUCAACAUGCAACCCUUGUCUAAAGAGGCAGCUGAGAGAGAGAGAGAAUGAGAGAGAGAGAGAGAGAGAGAGAGAGAGAGAGAUCUAAAGGUGGCAAAGCGGCAGGCGCUCUGACAAGGGGAGCUGUCAGUCAAAGGCCAAACCAGCGAGACAAGAUGAUUGGCAGGUAUUCCGUUUAUCGCAGUCCGACUUUAUUUUUCUUUGUAAAAAAGAUAAUAAUAAUGAUGAUAAAAGAAAAAAAACAACAACCAGGCACAGGACUUUUUAUUUUGCACUUCACAGUGUUCCCCCCCCCAGUCUUUAAAAAGAAUUAGUAAUAAUAACGAUGAUCGAAAUUUCAUAUCCAGCCCCAUCCCACACAUGUCCAAAAACUUGAAUUGCAUGUAGCAGUUGUUGGGCGAAUGGUGUCUAAAGACAGAAAAUGAAUUGUAACUUUCUUUUACUUUUAAAGACAGGUUCUGUGUGCUUUUGAUUUUGAGUUUUGAUUUUCGAGAAAUGUGCAGUCUGUAAACACGUUUUGAUACCUUCUGAUGUCAAAGUGAUUGUGAAAGCUAAAUUAGUAGGCUCAGCGAUAGUGGUCCUCUUACCGAGAAAUGGGGAGCCGGAUGGGGGGCUGGGGGUGGCUGGGGAGGGUGCCCACAAGAGGAGUCAGGAAUUGUGUUGGAAAAAAAAACACCUAAAUUAAUUCUAUUUCUUGGACAUUCCCUUUCCUAACAUCCCAAGGCUUAAAAUCAUGAAGCAAACUCCUUUUAGAGGUUGGAGAUAUUGGCUGAGUUCAACCAUUGACUGCAAAGGCCAUUCCAAACUUUAAAUCGAUCGAUUGCAAAAAACCGAAGGACUGUAGUUAGCGGGGAUGAUGCUAAGUGUGGCCAAAGACAUGGCGGCAAGUUUUCAAGCACUGAGUUUCUAUUCCAAGAUCAUAGACUUACUAAAGAGAGUGACAAACGCUUCCUUAAUGUCUUCUAUACCAGAAUGUAAAUAUUUUUGUGUUUUGUGUUAAUUUGUUAGAAUUCUAACACACUAUAUACUUCCAAGAAGUAUGUCAAUGUCAAUAUUUUGUCAAUAAAGAUUUAUCAAUAUGCCCUCA